AAGUCCACAGAGCUGAACUGCAAACAAGGAGCCAUUAUUUACAGCCGCCCCAUCCCACAGACACACAGAGGCGGACUGAGCUACGGGGCUACUGCAGCUUUGCUUCUUCUCACCGCGGAUAACUCUACGCCAUAAUGUUGAGGAAACCUGUGGUGAACAUCUGUCUGCAGCUGGGCCGCCGCAGACAUGAGGGGCUCUUGGGGGCCGCGGCGGGGCUGCAUGGGGCCCCCCAGCGAAGGCAGACCUCCACGGCCAGCGGCGGCACCGUGAUGGGCGUCAGCAAGCAGAAAACAAUAGAUGACCUGGGCGGACCGAGCUUCGCCACCACUUUAUACUGGCUCUUUGUGAAGGGCUACUUUCAAACAACGCAGCAAAUGCAGAUUGAGCACAAGAAGAUCUACGGAAACCUGUGGAAGUCUAAAUACGGCCCGUUGAUUGUGGUGAAUGUGGCCAGUGCUGAGCUCAUAGAGCAGGUUUUAAGGCAGGAGGGCAGACACCCCAUCCGUACCGAAAUGCCCCACUGGAGGGGCUACAGAGAACUGAGGAACAAGGCCCACGGCCCCCUAACAGAGAUGGGAGCCAAGUGGCAGAGGAUCCGCAGCAUCCUCAACCCUCGGAUGCUGAAGCCCAAACACGUCUCUUCAUACUCUAACACCAUCAACGAAGUGGUGACGGACUUCAUCCGCCGCGUGGCCUGGCUGAGGGAAACCAGCGGACAGGGGGUCAUGGUGAAUGACCUGACGGAGGAGCUCUAUAAAUUUGCAUUUGAAGGUAUCUGCUCGGUUUUGUUCGAGACUCGUAUGGGCUGCAUGGAGGAGGUUAUACCUGAGGAAACUCAGAAGUUUAUCUUCUCAGUCGGGGAGAUGUUCCGGCUCUCCCCCAUCAUCGUCCUCUUCCCCAAGUCCCUCUGGCCUUACUUACCUUUUUGGAAACAGUUCAUUGCUACCUGGGAUCAUCUUUUCAAAGUUGCUGAGAAGUUGGUAAAUAAAAAAAUAGAAGAGAUCCAGCAGAACGUGGACAUGGACAAGAGCAUGGAGGGAGCUUACCUCACGCACCUGCUGCUCAGUGAACAGAUGACGGUCACUGAGAUCCUGGGGAGCAUCACGGAGCUCCUCCUAGCAGGAGUAGACACGACUUCCAACACCAUCUCCUGGUCGCUCUACCACUUGGCGAAGGAGCCAGAGAUCCAGGAGCAGUUAUACCAGGAGGUGAUCAGUGCCUGUCCUGGAGACAAGGUGCCGAGCAGUGAAGACAUUAACAAGAUGCCGUUACUGAAGGCCGUCAUCAGAGAAACGCUCCGGCUGUAUCCGGUAGUUCCAGGAAAUGCUCGUGUCACAGCUGAAAAUGAGAUCGUAGUUGGAGAUCAUCUCUUUCCAAAAAAGACUCUGUUCCACCUGUGCCACUACGCCGUUUCCUACGACGACAGCAUCUUCCCUGAUCCUCACACCUUCCUGCCGCAGCGCUGGCUCCGAGGCGGCGACGACAGGACCAAGCAGCACCCCUUCGGAUCGGUGCCGUUUGGUUUCGGGAUCCGGGCCUGUUUAGGGCGGAGGUUGGCCGAGCUGGAGAUGUACCUCCUUUUGUCCAGGGUGAUAAAGCACUACGAGGUCCGGCCAGACCCUGCUGGGAAGACAGUAAAGCCGAUCACCAGAACUCUGCUGUGUCCCGCCACGCCAAUCAACCUCCAGUUUCUGGACAGAGUAGCUGCUCCGGUCGAGGAGAGAGCGACAGCAUAAUCAGAUUCUUUUAUAUCUGGGCUGUUUGGUAUUCACGCCGCUCUGCUGUCGCGUUACUAAGCUCUUUGUUUCUGCAGAGUUCAACUGCAUAAACAGUAAGAGGAAUAAAGCACUGAGGUUUACAGCACAGGCUGGAUGGGAGGGGCAGUAGAGCACAGAUAAACCUUCUCUUCUUGUAAAUCUGAAGACUCUGUCCUGCAGUUUCUUUUAAUCCACCCUUUUGGAGAUGUAAGGGUUUAGUUUGCACAAAUCGUUGCAAAUGCAAAACUGAUUCAUGUCCUCAUUUCAUAUGCCACUGCCUUAAAAAGGGAGCACAUCUUUUAAUCAGCUUUCUAUUUUAUAGGGUUUUUGUUUGGAAACAUCAGGAGAGAUUUUAGAAAAAAUGUUCUGUUUAAUAGGGUUUGCACAUGAAGCGGGCCUUAUAUAGAUGUGCUUUUAUAUCAAUUUAAAGGGAAAAAUCACUUAUUUUUUCUUGUAUUAAACUUGUGCUAAAUAGCCAUACUUCUGUCGUGCCAGAACUUUACUUAAAAGUAAUUUUCGUUUUAAUUUAAGAGAUGCUGACACAUAAAGUCUGGUGUUAUUGCAAAGUGAAAGUUAAGAAAAACACAUACGGUAGAAGAAAAACAUUAGUACAGCAUAAUACUGCCACCGCCAUGCUUAAGGCUACUGUGCUCGCUGGGAUGUAUGCACAAAAUCAAAACCAAAAAAAGGUUUAGUUAUUAGUUUUUGUCCAUUCUAGCCAGUCAGUGUAGGUGUAAAAUUACUUGUUUUAUCC